AUGUCUGAAAUCACUAAACAAAUGAAUGAUUUGAGUGUUAACGAUGCUGCUAACACUAAUAACAACCAAAAUCAAAAUCAAAACCAAAACCAAAACCAAACUGGUCGUAGACAAUAUGUCCCACCACAUUUAAGAAACAGACCUCAACAACAACAAUCAGAUGCAUCUGAUAUUCCAUUUGGAGGUUCUCGUCGUACUGGAGGUUAUAACAACAACGGUGGCUACAACAACGGUGGUUACAAUAACGGUGGCUAUAACAACGGUGGUUAUAACAACUACAACAGAGGUGGUUACCAAAACAACAGAGGCGGCAACUAUGGUGGCAGAGGCGGUAGAGGUGGCUACAAUAAUGCUGGCGGUAGAUACCAAAGACCAACUCCAGGUGUUGGUAGAUGGGUUGAAGGUAAACACGAACCAGCCGCAAGAAAUGAAAAAUUGGAAUUGGAAUUGUUUGGUACUGCUGAUGAUUCAACUUUCCAAUCUUCUGGUAUUAAUUUUGAUAACUAUGAUGAUAUCCCAGUUGAAGCCAGUGGUGACGAUGUUCCAGAACCAAUCACUGCUUUCACUGCUCCUCCAUUAGAUGAAUUAUUGGUUGAAAACAUUACUUUAUCCAGAUUCACUAAACCAACUCCAGUUCAAAAGUAUUCUGUUCCUAUUGUUGCUGCUGGAAGAGAUUUGAUGGCUUGUGCUCAAACUGGUUCUGGUAAAACUGGUGGUUUCCUUUUCCCAGUUUUGUCUGAAUCUUACUUGAAUGGUCCAGCUCCAGUUCCUGAAACUACUGGUGCUUUUUCUUCCCAUAAAGUUUAUCCAACUAUUCUUGUUAUGGCCCCAACCAGAGAAUUGGUUUCCCAAAUUUAUGAAGAAUCCAAGAAAUUCAGUUACAGAUCAUGGGUUCGUCCAUGUGUUGUUUAUGGUGGUGCUGAUAUUGGUCAACAAAUGAGAAACUUGGACAGAGGUUGUGACUUGUUGGUUGCCACCCCAGGUCGUUUGAAGGAUUUGUUAGAAAGAGGUAAAGUUUCCUUGGCCAAUAUCAAGUACUUGGUUUUAGAUGAAGCCGAUAGAAUGUUAGAUAUGGGUUUCGAACCACAAAUUAGACACAUUGUUGAAGAAUGUGAUAUGCCAGAAGUCACCGACAGACAAACUUUGAUGUUCUCUGCUACUUUCCCAAGAGAUAUUCAAAUGCUUGCUAGAGAUUUCUUGAAGGAUUAUGUUUUCCUUUCUGUUGGUAGAGUUGGUUCUACUUCUGAAAACAUUACCCAAAAGAUCUUGUAUGUUGAAGAUGAAGACAAGAAAUCCGUUAUUUUGGAUUUGUUAGCAGCCAACGAAAAUGGUUUGACUAUUGUUUUCACUGAAACCAAGAGAAUGGCUGAUCAACUUGCUGAUUUCCUUUACGACCAAGGAUUCCCAGCUACUGCUAUUCAUGGGGAUCGUUCCCAAUAUGAAAGAGAAAAAGCUCUUGCUGCAUUCAAGAAUGGUGCUGCACCAAUCUUGGUUGCUACUGCCGUCGCUGCUAGAGGUUUAGAUAUUCCAAAUGUUGGUCACGUUAUCAACUUUGAUUUACCUUCUGAUAUCGACGACUAUGUUCAUAGAAUUGGGCGUACUGGUCGUGCUGGUAACGUUGGUAUUGCUACAAGUUUCUUCAACCGUGGUAACAAAAAUGUCGUUAAAGGUUUAAUUGAAAUCUUAAGUGAAGCUAAUCAACCUAUUCCAGAUUUCCUUACUAAAGUUAGCAGAGAAGCUGCUUUUGGUAAGAUGAGUAGAGGUGGAAGCCGUGGUUCUCGUGGUGGCUUCAGAGAUGUCAGAAGAGGUGGUAACUCUGGUGGUUACAAUUCUGGCUGGGGUAAUUCCAACGGUGGAUGGGGUGGUAACUCUAAUGCCGCUGGUAAUAACAACUGGGGUAACUCAUCUUAUUCCCAACAGUCUGGUGGUUCUAACUACGGUGGUCAACGUUCUUCUUCAAGCUACGGUAAUCAAACCGGUUCUAAUUCAUGGUGGUAA